AUGGCACACGAUAGAACAAAAAGAUUUCCAAAAUUAAUUACUCAGACACCGCCUAAAAUUGGACCUGGAACUUACGAUGUAUCGGACUUGCCAGAGCCUAAAAGGCAUCUUGCUGAUUGCUAUCCCUUUCUCUCUGGAUCAAAAAGGAGAACUAUUGCUAUAUCGAGAAAUGCCGAACGAUUACCAGGGCCUGGCACGUACAAUAUAAAAGAACCUCAACGACAUAUACCAGAACAUGCUAGAUUUAAGGAAAAGAUACCCGAAGGACCAGGUCCAGUGGAUUAUCACGUAGCUGCAGAUUUAAUUAAGUCACGAAAAAUAAGAUGUCAUCCUGGCACCUGGAGAGGACCUGCAGGAAAACUAUGGCUAACUCGACCUCCUCGUUCGAUUAUUCCAAAUCCUACAUCAAUUCCAGACAAAAAUUACACGGCGUACAGUAUCAACGAAAAUGGAAGCUUAGAAGCAAAUGCCACCACAUUGCUCUACAAAGGAAACUUUUGGAGCAGAAUGACAGGGAGAAUCGAGCUUCCGCCCUCACUGACACCAGGCCCUGGAGAUUACGAACACGAAGCGAAGAAAACAGCCGCGCAAGCACAAGAUGAAAAAGUAAGAGAAGCGAAGAGGAUGAGUUCUUGGCAGCCUCGUUUCCUUGAUACAAUGUGCAGAAAAAAAGCCCGAGAGAAUUUUCCAGCCCCAAAUGCGUAUAACGUAAAGGGCAAUUUCGAGAAAUUCUUCAAGAUCGAUUGCAAGUGUGACCCUUAUGUCACAGAACCACCCCCUUUUGGUCAAACUGCUAAGAGAUUCGAAGAUAAAGCGGAAUCAAAUGUACCUGGUCCAGGUAAAUACGAUUCUCCUGUUCGAAUAAAAUGUACAGGCUCCAUUUACCCUGCGCCAUUUGGCACCUGUGUUGGUCGUUUCCCAAAAAUUUCUGACGACACUGGGCCAGGACCCAGCGAUUACCAUUCGAAAGUCGGUAACUUGGCAUACGAGUCAGAGAAGCGUUACCGGUACGCUUAUUUAAGACAGCUGCAGCCACGGAUUUAUCUCGAGACAAUUUCCUAUCCAAACGAAGAGGAUUAUAAUAAUGCGUGUUCUCCAGAGAAAACUGAAGAAAAGAAGAGUGCUGUUUAUCAUGCUGCUUUCAAAUCUAAAACACAGAGAUUCCCUAAAAUCGAAAAGACAGCUCCCGAUUCCGGCGCUUACGAGGUCUUAACGGCUUUCAAGGCAAAUCGUGAUAAAUGUGAUUUCCUCUGUCCCCGAUUAGCUCCUCCCUUCGGGACUCGCAGCAAACGACUGCCGAAAAGUCCGCGUGACAUCAAAGAUAUGCCAGAUCCAACCUAUUAUAACGUGAUCACUGAUAUAUCGGAAAAUGUGAAGGGUGGUGUGAUUCCAGAAUCUGAGAAGAUUGCAGAAUUAUCAUUCAGUCCGCCACCAACUCGCUACUGCGUAAGUUUUGAUCUCUAUAUCAACGAAACUAACGGUAUCGAAUUAUCGUAG